AUGUGUCUGAGGUUAUAUGUCCAGGCCACAGCCAAGUUUGGUUGCCAAGUCUGCUGCUGGAUCACCCAGGAUGCCAGCAAACUGAAGAUGCUGCUGGACAGUCAUAACAGCGGCCUGAGUGGUGUGGGGCAAGAAAGCGUGGGACUGAAAGAAUUUAUUGAUGGGAACUACUUCAAUGGAGGUAAGGGGUGUCUCUGGGGUGGCUGGUUGAGCGGGAGAUGUUUUCUCCUAUACAAUGUUUUGAGUGUAGUUCCUGCUGCACUGGGGACACCUGUCCGAGAUGUCAUCGCCAAGAUCAGAGACUAGGCAAAUGCAGAAGGCAUCCAAGGCAACUUAAGUGGUGACCUGCUGCAGAGUGGAGAAAUGUUAGUGGUCAGUCAAGGUGGAGAGAAGGUGCUCAUGCAUUUCAUACAGGAGUCACCUGGUGAUUAUGUUCCCUUGGAAAAAAUUGUCAAGAGCCUUGGUAUCUCUGCAAAUGUGGAGGGUGUGAAACCUCAGGUGAGGCACUUAGUUCUUCUAAUGGUGGAAACUGAGCUGUUAAAAUGAAGGAAUUGACUAUGGUAAAAGUUCCCUUAACUUUACCUAGUGACAUUUUAAAUGACCAUAAUGUUGUGCCAACACAGCAAACUAACUGUCCUUCUGUUACCUGCAUAAGGAUUAUCCUGUAAAGCCUUGUAAAGUAGGGUUUCUGACCGCUGCCAUCAGGAAAAGUCUCUUCAGCUUAUGUAUGCAGGAAUGUAUCUGCUGCUAGAAGCAGUAACUUUUAUAACUUUUGGAGGUGGCAGUAGUCUUACUGUAACUCAGACAUACUAUUGCAUGGUGCAGUCAGUAGCUGGCAGCACUGUUCUCACCCUUUUCUGUUUAUACGACAGAUGUUUUACUGUCUUUUCUGGCUAACACCUGCAUCUUAUGGCUUGAGUGCUCUUUGGUCCGUAACUCCGUUCUGGGUCUUCAAGCACUGUUUGAGUUCAAUAGGCUUGUGAAGGCUUGCAGAUGGAAGAGACCUCUGAACACUUUUAAAAUGAAUGCAGUACUUCAACACAGGCAUUGGUAACUGACCCUGGUGAACAAGCAAUUCAUCUUCUGCCAGUACAGAACCUCACUAAAGGGGUAAUGGUAGGAGCUCUCUUCAAUGAUAUUUUCCCAAGGUGAGUAGUUAGAGUGAAGAGCCUGGGCUCCAUACGAAUUGGUUUACAGCCGAACAAGUUUAUGGAAACAAGGUUCUUGUCCUUGGCUCAUCUGCUCAGCAGGCCAUUGGUCUGGAGGCUCUUUUGCUGUGUGGGAGUCAUGACUCUGUCACAGUCCGGUGGAAGUAGGGAACGUGCUCUGCCCAUGUGAAUUAUUGCAGGGAGGCCGAGUUCCAGCAUUCCUGCAAGGCAGCCUGCUCUGGUUGAUGGCAUGGACUCUUCCUGUGCAGAAAUCUUGGCAUUUUGCAAGGUUGAUAUCUUCUGAAAGAGGCCCUGGCUUUGCUCUCCCUUGAGAAAAAGCAAUUUCUUUGCAAAACUAGGUCACAAUCUUGGUAGCAUCCUCUUAUAAACCCUCCUGAUUCUGCUGGGUGCUGUAUUUAUAAAUCAGCAAGGGCUGGAAAGGAUGAGGAGACCAGACCCUUUGUAAUCAUACUGAUAUAUUGUAUUAAAGUAAUUCCAUCUUGUAUCACCAAAAGGUGCCUCUGCCUGCACGGUGGCACCUAAGCAGAUAUGUGAUCAUUGAUCAAAGAGUAAUUGAACUACCAUGGACAAGUUGGUCUCACAUUCCCCCUGCCCACACUUCCAGUUUUCAGUGAACUCCAAUAAAUCCUAAAUGGACACUUGCCAAUUAUUUGUAGACUGGGGAGGAAGCAAAGCAAUGACUAUAGAAAUCUCUUUGUCUGUGAUGCUUAUGUCAAGUAAGCGUGAUGUGGGCAGGAUUAAGGUUCCUUUGCCAUUUGCUUCUGCCUGCAAGGUCUGUUAAUCAUUCCUGAUUUCUGAGGCACUGGAUACUGCCUACUCUUGGCUUUAUCCAGCCCCUUGUGUGUGUAGUAGGUAGUGGUUGAGCUGAGGAACAGCCUUACAAAACAAGCCAUGGCUGCAGAUUAAAAGCAGUACUGUUGCAAUAACAUCUCAUACGUGCCGAAGCAAGGUUUUUCUAAAUUUAAAGAGGAGAGAAAUAACAGCUUGUCAUGAGCUUUGCGUGCAGAAACUCUUCCUCCCACCCUACAACCUGCAGUAUGUGUAAAUAACAACUCACGGGCUCCCCAUUAAUCUCGCAAAUGUCAUUCUCUUAAACGAGGGGAAAUAUUUUCCAUGUCAUCCUCCUUAGAUCCUUGCUUGCGCAGUAAUGGUUUUUAAAAUAUUUAUAUACCACUUCUGAAGUUGGAGGGAAUGCCAUGAGACAAUCAAACUUUGUGUGUCUGCUAUUGAAUGUAAUGAAAACAAUAUUGUACGUGGGGUAAAAUGGGGGAAGAGAACAAAACACAGAAAGUAGCUGGUUUUCUACUCGGGAAUCAUUUUCAACUGGCUAACCUGGUUGCCUUUUCCAUGACAGUUCUUGUGUGCAGUGCAGGGAAAAGCUGCUGCUAAAUAUGGGGUUUGGGGAGCAAAGGUUUGGGGUAACACUAAACUUGGAGAGCGAAUAUCAAAAUUCAGGAUCAGGCCUAGUAGUGGAUCCCUCCCAAAGCGUAAGGAUGGAUGGCUAGUGUGGACUUGAUGCUGAUCUCUGCAGACCUCCCUUCUACUCUGGGAUUCACUUCUCCACAAGCCUGUAGGUGUAACUUGAAAGGGAACACAUCCCCGAGCAGGAAGAAACCUUCAAAGACUUGGCACUAGCCUGACUCUUCUUCCCACAAUGCAAGUACUCCUGGCGUUCCCACUGUUAGCGCACAUCUCAGGGGCUCCUCAGACCUUCACUGAGGGUGUGGGGAGGGAUGCAUGUGCUGCUGCAGCCCAGGGCCCCCUUUUCUCACCUUUCAUGGUAAAGAGGGUUGCCUGGUGGUGCCUCAGGGGCUGUUCUGUUUUUGCUUCUUCACUAAAAAUGGCUGUGAUAGGGCCUCCGUUGCUCCAGCCUCUCGUCCAAGAUGAGACAGCUGGUUACAGCUCCCUCUGGCACUAAGCAGCAGUGCUGUGUCCUUCAAGGGGUUACCAUGAUAUUCUGCCAUUCCCCUUUUGGCAACUAUUGGGGUUUGCUGGAGUUGGUACUAGUGCAGACGGUGAAGUAGUUAAGCUGAUGCAGCAAGGGUGGGGAUAACCUGGCACCUUCCUCUGAGCUGCUUCUCAAACCCUUUGGUAGGGAGGAACCUGUGACCAGCCUUGGGUACCAGCAGCUUGCCCAGAAUGACAAAUCUGCAGAAAACAGGGAGUAGCGAA